UUGUUUAUGUCUACUGGAAGAUUGCGCUGGUUAUUUGACUGUUGCCCGUGAAAGACUGAAUCCAAAGAUUAGGUUUAGCUUUUGAAGCAAAGAUGUAUGGGAGAAGGGCAUCUCAGCUAUUGAAGGAACUUUCUUGCAACGAAACAGCGCAAUUCACGGCUUUCAAUAUUGACAUGUGUGGUGAAGUACUAAAAGAAUGUAAUACACACCACCUUGAGCUUCAGUCAUUGAUGAGGUAUAACCGAGCUGAAGUUAUUCAGAGGUUGAGGUGGAAGGUGGGGCCGGUAUUCCCACAAGAAAUUCAAGGAAAGCUCAACCAGUCUGAGAGAGAGUAUUUCAAGAAUCUUUCUGCUGCUCUAGAAGCUUACAUGUCAGAACUAGAUCUGGAUUUGACUGUGGAUAUGGUGCCACCCAAGGAUCCCUACAUUUGGGUCAGGGUGCUUGAUGAUAUUGGUGAUGAUGUGGUACUUGAUGAUCAAUCACACAAUCUUGUUCGUCACUCAAUACAUUUGCUUAAGGGAACAGAAGCUGAGCAGUACAUCUCACAGGGCUUGAUGGAGGAGCUCUCGGGGUGAAAUAACAGUUC